AUGGAAGGAGAAGAACAAGAACAGCAACAAACGCAACAAAGAUCCACGGCACGAAGAGACCAACUCACUUACUACCAAACUCUCGCACAAAAACAAUGGCAAGAAUCCAAAGUCUUCGAAGUGAACGCAGCAACAAAAGAGGAUGAGAAGACAAUUAAGUUUUUUGGCAACUUCCCUUACCCUUACAUGAACGGUUUGUUACACUUGGGGCACGCGUUCUCGCUCUCCAAGCUAGAAUUCGCAUCAGCGUACCACCGAUUGAAAGGAGAGAACGUCUUGUUCCCGUUUGGGUUUCACUGCACGGGGAUGCCGAUAAAAGCGUGCGCGGAUAAGAUUGAGAAAGAAAUUAAGACGUACGGGAACCCGCCGAUAUUUCCGUCGAUGGAGACUGCGGACGCGGAGGCCGUCGAGGCGGAGAAGAAGAAGGAAGAAAAGGAGUUUAAAGACCCGACGAAGUUUGCGGCGAAGAAAUCGAAAGCGGCGGCGAAGACUGGGAAGCAAGCCACGCAGUGGGGGAUCAUGCAAGCGAGCGGGAUUGCGGACGAGGAGAUUCCGUCCUUCGCGGAUUCCAUGCACUGGUUGGAAUAUUUUCCGCCGCUGGCGAAGAGAGACGUCGCCUUAUUAGGAUGUCAAGUCGAUUGGAGAAGGUCGUUCAUUACGACCGAUGUGAAUCCAUUCUACGAUAGUUUCGUGAGAUGGCAGUUCAACACGCUGAAAAAACUCGGGAAGAUUGUCAAGGCGAAAAGGUACGCGGUGUACUCGCCGAUUGACAAGCAACCGUGCGCGGAUCACGAUCGAGCCUCGGGCGAAGGCGUCGGGCCGCAAGAGUAUUUACUCAUAAAAAUGCACGUUUUAGAGGAGAAUUUUGAGACGUUGGAGUGCUUGAAACCGUUGAAAGGGAAAGAGGUGUUCUUAGCCGCGGCGACUUUGAGGCCGGAGACGAUGUACGGACAAACGAACUGCUGGAUCUUACCGGAGGGCGAAUACGGCGCGUACGAAUUGAAAUCAAAAGAAGUUUUCGUCAUGGCGGAAAGAGCCGCAUUGAAUUUAUCGUACCAAGAACAAUUCGAAGAGGAAGGGAAACCAAAGUUGUUGUGCACGAUGAAAGGUUCGGAACUGAUGGGGUGCUCGGUCAAAGCGCCGAACGCGGUGUUGGAGAAAAUUUACGUGUUGCCGAUGUUGACGAUUUCCAUGACCAAAGGUACCGGCGUGGUCACCUCGGUCCCGUCGGAUUCUCCGGAUGAUUUUAUGGCCUUAUCGGAUUUGAAAUCGAAAGAAGCGUUAAGAGCUAAGUUUAACGUCAAAGACGAGUGGGUCGUACCGUUCGAAGUGAUUCCAAUCAUCAACAUACCGGGGUACGGCGACGCCUCCGCGCCGGCGGUUUGCGAAGAGUUAAAAAUCAAAUCGCAAAACGAUCGACAAAAGUUGGACGAAGCGAAACACCGAACGUAUUUAAAAGGCUUCACAGACGGCGUCAUGAUUGUCGGCGAGUAUAAAGGGAAACCGGUGAAGGAAGUCAAACCGAUUAUUAAGCAAGAAAUGGUCGAGGCGAAUACCGGUUUGAUUUAUUCCGAGCCGGAAAAAAUGGUCAUGUCUCGAUCCGGCGGCGAGUGCGUCGUGGCGUUAACCGACCAGUGGUAUUUGGAAUACGGCGAAGAGAAUUGGAAAGACGUCACGGAGAAGUGCUUGAACCAAAUGAACACGUACCACGAGGAGUCCAAGAAGAAUUUUGAACACACUUUAGGGUGGUUAAGACAGUGGGCGUGUUCUCGAUCGUUCGGUUUAGGUACGAAAGUCCCGUGGGACGAUCAAUUUUUGAUCGAAUCCUUAUCUGACUCGACCAUAUACAUGGCGUAUUAUACCGUCGCGCACUUGUUUCAAGGUGAUUACGAUAUGUACGGCAAGAAAUUUGGGUCCGUGGAACCGUCCAAGUUGACCGACGCCGUCUGGGACUGCAUUUUCUUAGGCGCGGAGAAACCGAGCGAAUCGGAAUUUCCGAGAGAUGUUUUGGAUAAAGCCAUCGCGGAGUUUAACUACUGGUACCCGUUCGAUUUGAGAGUUUCCGGGAAAGAUUUAAUCCAAAACCACUUGACGUUUUCCAUGUACUCGCACACGGCGAUUUGGCCGGAAGGUCAAGAAAACAGGUGGCCGAGAGCGUUCCGAUGCAACGGCCACUUGUUAUUAAACGGCGAUAAGAUGAGUAAAUCCACCGGGAAUUUCAAAACCUUAGGCCAAGCGAUUGAAGAAUUUGGCGCGGACGCCGUGAGAUUCGCGUUAGCGGAUGCCGGCGAUACCGUCGAAGACGCCAACUUUUCCGACGAAACCGCCAACGCCGCAAUCUUGCGCCUGACGAAAGAGUGCGAUUGGAUGGAAUCGAUGAUGAACGAAAGUUCAGACGAACGCAAAAAGCUUAGGAUUAAAGGAGACGACGAUAAAAGUGGUGAUGAUUUUGCCGACCGCGCGUUUGAAAAUUCCAUCAAUUUCGCCAUCGAAGAAACGCAAAAGUACUACGAAAACAUGAUGUUUCGCGAAGCCUUGCGAACGGGCUUUUACAACUUGCAAGCGGCGAGAGACGAAUAUCGACAAGCCGUCGGCGAAAAGGAAAUGCGAUUGGAUUUGAUCGAGUUCUUCGUCGAAGUGCAAACGCUGCUUUUAGCGCCGGUGUGUCCGCACACGUGCGAGCACGUGUGGAAGAACGUUCUGAAGAAGAAAUCUAAGCACGUCGUCAACGCCGGAUUCCCGUCGAAAUCCAAAGACGUCGACGUCGCGCUCAUGAAAGCGAACGCGCACGUAAACAAGGAAAUUUCCAACUGGCGUAAAAUGAUCGCCAAAGUCCAAGCGCCGCCGAAGAAAGGUAAAGCGACGGUGAAAACAACCGUGACGGAUAUGAAAAUCUACGUCGCGAAAGAGUUCAUCGGCUGGAGAUCUCAGUGUUUGCAAAUUAUGAAAGAGAAACACUCGCGAUCGAAAUUAGACUCGAAAGAAGUCAUGGACGCUCUGAAAAAUGCCACCGAAUUGUUGCAAGAAGUCGCGGAUGGGAACUUCAAAGGCGCGAUUAAAGUCAUGAUGCCGUUUAUUAAAUUCAAAAUGGACGAAGUCAACGCGUUAGCGGAAGACGGCGCGAGUGCGUUGGAGAACACGACGGUCUUUGACGAGUUUCGAGUCUUCGAAGAAACGAGCGACUACGUCUGCAAAAGUUUAGGUUUGAAUUCAGUAAAAGUGUUUUAUACUACUACUACUAGCGGCGAUAAAGACGACGAUUCAAAAGACGACGAGAAGGUGAAGAAAGCGAAAAGUGAGAGCACUCCGGGUGCCCCGUCUGUCGCGUUCGGUACUUUAGAGGAAGCGUUGGAGAACAUGUGA